AUGGAAUUUUUUAAAUUACAAUCGGGCGGUAGAAUGCCGGCUUUGGGUUAUGGAACAUUUAUGGCUACAGGUCUUGAACUAGAAAAGUCUUUAAAUGUAGCACUUGAAACUGGCUAUCGGUUCUUCGACACAGCCAUUGGUUACAACAAUGAAUCAGUCAUCGGAAAGGUUUUGAAUGAAUGGAUAUCAGCUGGCAAAGUGACUAGAGAAGAAUUGUUCGUCCUAACUAAACUCCCGUGCUUUGGAAAUCGUCCUGAAGAUGUAGAUAAAUAUAUUAAGCAAUCACUACAAGAUUUACAGCUAGAUUAUAUUGAUAUGUAUCUGAUACAUCUUCCAAUUGGUCUAUUCAAAAAUGGAAAAUCUGAGUACAGUGAUAUGGAAUUAGAUAAAAGUACGGAUCACCUAAAAGUUUGGAAAAAAAUGGAGGAACAAGUGAUCAAUGGCCGGACAAAAUCGAUCGGUUUGUCUAACUUCAACAUGAAGCAAACGCAAAGGAUAUUAGACAAUUGCAAAAUUAGACCCGAUAGUCUCCAGAACGAAAACCAUUUGUACUUUCAAUCCCCCGAAGUCGUGCGAUUUUGCAAAAUUAACAAUAUCGUCUUGAUCUCGUACUCGAGUCUGGGCAUGAAAUCAUUUAGAGAAUUAGUAGGAAUAUCUUGGAACAAUAAACAGUUACCAGAAAUGUUAGAGAACGACGUGUUGGUCAAGGUUGCAAAAAAACACGGUAAGACUCCAGCCCAGGCGUUGUUGAGGUUCAUCAAUCAGAACGGAGUGUCCGUCAUACCCAAGAGCACGACCCCAAAACGAAUAGUGGAAAACUUUCAAAUUUUCGAUUUUAAAUUGGAUACCAAGGAUAUGGACGCUCUACGAAAUCUGGACGACGGAGAAGGAGGGCGCAUCGUACGAUUUACAAUGAUUAAAAAUAUUGAAGAUCACCCAGAAUAUCCAUUUUGAACCAGUAAAGAAAAUCUUAAACAAAACAUCUUUAUAAAUUUAUAGUUUCUG